CUGCAGGGCCUCCUCCUCCUCCUCUUCGCGAAGCAGGCGCACCUGCCCUUCAUCCGGGGCGUUCGGAGCCAGUUUACCCGCACCGGCCUGCACGGCUACUGGGGUAACAAGGGAGGGGUUUCUAUUCGCCUCUCUCUCUACGGACACUCCGUCUGUUUCCUGAACUGCCACUUGCCAGCCCACCAGGAGAAUGCCAAGCAGCGCCUGGAUGACUUUGAACACAUCCUGGAAAUGCAGCACUUUGAAGAGAAGACGUUCCCCUCUGCCCUGGACCACCAGCUUCUCUUCUGGUUUGGCGAUUUAAACUUCCGAAUUGAAGACUAUGGGCUGCACUUUAUCCGAGAAUCGAUAAGCAACAGUCGUUUCAACCUCCUGUGGGAGAAGGACCAGCUAAACAUGGCCAAGAAGAAGAUAUUCUUUCUCCAGGAGUUCUUGGAGGGCCCUUUGGAGUUCAAACCCACCUACAAGUUUGACCUGCACUCGGAUGAGUAUGACACCAGCGAGAAAAAACGGAAGCCUGCCUGGACCGAUCGGAUCCUCUGGAGAGUCAAGAGUCCUCCGUCCCCCCCGCCCCAGGGGGCUCCUGGAGAGGGGGGUCUGUCCGUGUCCCUGCGCAGCUACACCAGCCACAUGGAUUACGACAUCAGCGACCACAAGCCAGUCACCGGGACUUUUGAACUGAAGGUCCAGCCCCUGUGGGCUGACCCCCUGGUCCUGCUCUGUCCGGUGGGCACAUGGAGCGCCGAGCAGGACGCCACGGUCAGCUACGUCACCGCUCCAGAAUUCGUCAGCAGCGCCUGGGACUGGAUUGGUCUCUACAAGGUGACCUUUCAGCAUGCAAACGACUACGUGAUGUACGUUUGGGUACAAGACAAUGAAAUUUCCUCCAGGGAAGGCGUGAAGCAGGUUUAUCUUGGGGCUGAGGGGCUCCCCAGAGCGGGAGGAGAGUUUCUCCUGGGGUACUACAGUAACGCGCUACGGUCCAUCGUCGGCAUUAGCCAGCCGGUCCAGGUUCGGCCAAGCCAGAGGCCUGUCGAACAGCACGUGGGCUGGGGUGGACCCAGCAGCACAGAACGCCUUCGUUGUGAGAGGCCGCCGUGCGACUUCUGACGUUCCCUCUGUGCUUCUGCGCACGCUGUGCGGCACUCUGCCCUUGGGCCCCGGAGCGGGCCUCUCGCCUGAGAAAAGAGGGACUCGGCUCGCCGCUGCUCUGGAGUAGCUUGCAGGGGGGCAGCCGAGGCCGGGUCUGCCUUCAGCGCAGAAGAGCCGGUUCCCGCAUAGGACCACUAGUUUCCUUCUGCCCGAGGCGACAGCAGCUGUCCCAUUUCCUCUGUGGCCUCUUAGGAUCCGCACGCUUCAUCACAACCUUGAGGAGUCACUGGCGCUUACUUGAAAACUGGGAUUCCGGGAAUCAGCUCUCAAUUUUUAUGAAGUGUAAAUCUUCCUUUAGAACUGAAAUACAUUUUAUCAUAGCUGAAAA